GCUGUGCGACUUCGCGGCGCGGGAGCGCGCCGGCCUGGUCAAGCACUACGUGGAGCGGCACGAGGGCGAGGCGGCCGGCCAGCCCCCCCUGCGCUGCCCCUUUUGUGACUUCGCGUGCCGCCACCAGCUGGUGCUGGACCACCACGUGAAAGGGCACGGCGGCACCCGGCUCUACAAGUGCGCCGACUGCGCCUACAGCACCAAGAACCGGCAGAAGAUCACCUGGCACAGCCGCGUCCACACGGGGGAGAAGCCCUACCGCUGUCACCUCUGUCCCUAUGCCUGUGCCGACCCCUCCCGCCUCAAGUACCACAUGCGGAUCCACAAGGAAGAACGGAAGUAUCUGUGCCCCGACUGUGGCUACAAGUGCAAGUGGGUCAACCAGCUCAAGUACCACAUGACCAAGCACACAGGGCUGAAGCCAUACCAGUGUCCCGAGUGUGAGUACUGCACCAACCGGGCCGAUGCGCUGCGCGUGCACCAGGAGACACGGCACCGGGAGGCGCGGGCCUUCAUGUGUGAGCAGUGCGGCAAGGCCUUCAAGACACGCUUCCUGCUGCGCACCCACCUCCGCAAGCACAGCGAGGCCAAACCCUACGUGUGCAACGUGUGCCGCCGUGCCUUCCGCUGGGCCGCCGGCCUGCGCCACCACGCCCUCACGCACACCGACCGCCACCCCUUCUUCUGCCGCCUCUGCAGCUACAAGGCCAAGCAGAAGUUCCAGGUGGUGAAGCACGUGCGCCGGCACCACCCCGACCAGGCCGACCCAAACCAAGGCGUGGGCAAAGACCCCGCCACCCCCACGGUGCACCUGCACGACGUGCAGCUGGAGGAGCCCAGCCCCCCUGCUCCUGCCGCCCCCCCACCCGCGCCCGAGGGCUGAGAGCCCACGCGGCCUCCUGGCGGGCGUGGGCCGAGCCGUGCCGGCUGGAAGCAGAGUUCGCCUGCGGCUCGGGGCCUGAGGAAGGGCUGGCUUCGAGGAGCCCGGGCGGCCGGAGGCCUCCGGGGACGCAGGCUGUAGCACUGUGACGCUGAUGGCCACAUACCCGAGUGACAUGGACCACAGAUUGAUUUCCGGUUGGGGCACACUGUGUUUCUAACCCGUGAGUGCCCGACUCCUUCAUCGCCCCCCCCAGAGUCCCUGGCUCUGCGACCUUGGUGUGACGCAUUCUCUCUUCCCCUGCCUCCUUGCUCUGCCAAGUCCGCACAGUGUAUCUAACUGCAUGUGCUGUCGCGCCGGCUGCUCUCUAAAGCAUGUUAAACAGAACGGUUCCUAGCUUACCGACGCGUCCACGUCCCUGACUCAACACGGCCAGGCUGUCCUGUCCAUCUGCCCGGCUCCCUCUCAGACCUCUGCCUCUCCUCUGUCUCUUUUCAUCUUCGCCGAGGGAUUCCGAAACGUUCCCGGGUCUGCCUUCUCUCUCUGUCCUUGAGCCUGUCUUGGCCCUUGCCCUGCUCCUUAUUUCUGAGCCCCUUGGUCUGCCUGUAGACCCAGGAAGCCUCCCGCCCCGGAAGCAGCUUUAAUUCAGCCUCUAUCCUCAGCCUGGCUUGGCAGCUGCACGGGAGUUAAAGCACGAGACAGUGUGAAAGGCACGGGACUUGGGGGAGGCGGGGGGCCCAGGGAGAACCUCUAAUCCAGAAUUCUGUGAGUACCUCACGGUGACCAUAUGCUUAAUCAUUGAAACUGGGACACGCUGGGAAAAUGAA